GGCCUUGACCAUCUACAUUCACACAAUCUGUGGACGUGGAACUGAGGAUUACUGAGGAUUUGUACAAAGCAGAGUGAGCCUCAGGCAAAGAUUUUGUUUGUCUGCCUGUAGCCCUUCAGAUAGAGAAAACAUGACCUGUGUUGUAGUAAAGAAAUGACUCUCUAUACAUCUGUGCAAUCCAAGGCCAUAGCAGCAAAUCCUUCAAACCUCAAACAGCUUGAAGGGGGAGAAAGAGAGAGAGAGAGAGAGAGAGAGAGAGAGAGAGAGAGAGAGAGAGAGAGAGAGAGUUGAAUUUGUGUACUAAAUUAAGUGAAGGGGGCGGGGGAUUUAAAGAAAAGGCACAGGGGGGUGUUUCUUGCCCCUCUCUCCCCCUUUCUCUCUCCCUGCCGGUCUCCUUGGUCACACACAUGCACACAUCCUCACACACUCACAAACACUGACGAGGGCUCAGUCUUGCUAUGGCCACCACCACCACCGAGGAGAGCUCUCCGGUCCCGGCCACCAUAGCACCCCAGCAGCCUGACUUGGAAACUAGUGUAGAACCCGGCUCAGCAGCAAAGCCUGAGCCCAGCGAGGCCCAGCGUGACAGAGAGGAAAAAGAGGAUGAGGAGGAGGAGGAAGGGGGGCCCGGGCAGGAAAACACAAGAGGGCAGACUUUGGACCCGGAGUGGGUGGAAGAGAGGUUCAGGAUCGACAGGAAGAAGCUGGAGAACAUGUUGUAUGCUCCAAAGCAUGGAGAUGGUGAGACAGGAGAGGAGUUUUUUGAGAGAGUGAUGAGAGAAACUGACACUCAGGUGAAGUGGCCAUCCAAGCUGAAGAUUGGAGCCAAGUCAAAGAAAGAUCCACAUGUGAAGGUGGAAGGGAAGAAAGACAAUGUUUUGGAAGCCAAAAAGAAGAUACUAGAGGUGUUGGAAACCAGGGUGAACAAGGUGACUCUAAAGAUGGACGUGGCCUAUACAGAGCACUCCCACGUGAUUGGGAAAGGUGGUGGAAACAUCAAAAAGGUGAUGGAGGUAACAUCCUGUCACAUCCACUUCCCCGACUCCAAUCGCCACAACGCUACAGGAGAGAAAAGCAACCAGGUCUCCAUUGCUGGGCCCAUAGAAGGAGUGGAGGCAGCCAGGAGGAGGAUAAGAGACCUGCAGCCGUUGUCCUUGACCUUUGACCUCCCUGUCAGUAUGGUGCCCCAGACUCUGCCAGAUGCAGGCUCCCCACUCAUCCAGCAGGUAGUGCAGACUUUGGGGGUCAGUGUGAGCUUCAGGGCAGUGCCUCCCCACCCUCAGGCACAACCCACCUUCUAUGAAAGCUGCUGCACCGUCUGGGGCCUGCAGGGAAAUGCAGCUGCUGUCAAGAAGGCGACCUGCAUCCUGAUGGACCUGCUGCUGGGGUCAGAGGUCACAGGCGGUAUAGUGAGCAGCCAGCUGGAUGUCACCUCCCAGCAGCAUGUCUUCCUGUUGGGGCAGAACGGAGCUCACUUCCUGAGUGUCAUGCACCAGACCCAGACCCAGAUCAUCUUACCAGACCUCAGUGCUCCUCAGAGCCCUCCCUCCCUGCUGAUCCAGGGCAACCCUGACGGAGUGUGUCUGGCUCGGCAGCAGCUCAUGGACUGUCUGCCUGUGUGUUUGAUGUUUGACAUGCGUGAGGAUGGGGAGGCAGAUCCUUGUAAGCUGGCUCAGAUGAUGCAAAACCUGGGAGUCUUCAUUAGUGUCAAGCCCAAAGUAAAACAGACCAGCAAGUCAGUGGUGGUGAAAGGUCUGGAAAGGAACAUCUCCUGUCUUUAUGAGGCCCGCUGUCUGCUUCUCGGGUUGGAUUCCUGUGAGACUGCCAAGGUAACCGAGAUGACCCCUGACCCCAUGUUAGCUGGCAGCGGGCUGACUAGCUACUGGCUCAACAUGUUGCUGCAGCAGCUUCGUCUCUCUGAGCAGGGCUCUUUUCCUGGUCUCACUCCAGAGGUGCUGAAUGGUACCAAGCCCCGUCCCUCCCCUCCACCAGGUCUCACCCCUCCCGCUGACGAGGGGAGGACAGGACUGAAGGGAGCAGACAGCCGGCCACUGGAGAAGAUCCUAGAAAAUGAGGACCUGUCUGGCCAAUCGGACGAUGAGAGCUCUAAGGUUGUGAUGAUGUCAUCAUCUGAGAUGUGUGAUGCAGUCAGCAGCGUCAGCAGGGUGGGAUUCAUGGGUCGCAGGGGGAGUCUCCAGGGUCCUGAAAUUACCAAGGUUUUUGUCCAGGGCAGACGGCAUUCAACAGGGCAGGCGCUAACAUACAGAUUGCAGAACGCAGAGAUUGAGGGAGGGAGGAGUGAGCGGAGGAACAGCCUGAGGAGAGACAUGAUGCCGGCUCAGGGUGUUCGCGCUGACUCAUCCAAGGCUGAGGAUUAUGACUAUGAAAAGAAGAAACUGCUGGCGACCAGAGCCAUGCAAAGGAAGCCUGUGGUCACAGAGGUCCGGACGCCCACAGACACCUGGAGUGGCCUUGGUUUCUCCAAGUCCAUGCCAGCUGAAGCGGUCAAAGAGCUGCGCAACAUCAGCCGACGCAGCUACAAACCCUACCUAAGCACCAUUAACAGCCAGCAUCAGUCAUGGACUGCUCAGACAGGGAAGGUGUAUAAUGGGAGCAACUCUGAGAACUGGAGGGACAGACGGGCAUCCACAUCGUCAUCUAUGCCUGUCUCUUCCUCCUCCUCAUCCUCCUCUUCCUCCUCCUCCCCUUCCUCACCGCCAUGUACUUUCUCCUCAUCCACCUCCUCCUUCCCUGCAUUUGCACCCUCAGUGAAUAGGAGCAGAAAUGACAAACCCUUGGAGAGCUUCUCGAGCAGCAGCAGCUACUUUGAAGGUGUGUGCUCAUCGAGGAGGGCGUCAACCUGCAGCCAGCGGAGCCCCUCACCCCAAAUGACAGACGACCUGCUUGAGCUGCUCAGUCAACUCGGCCUAAUUAAAUACAUCGAUGUGUUUGAACAACAAGAGAUUGACUACCAGACAUUCCUCACUCUGUCUGAUGAAGAUCUGAAGGAAGUGGGUGUCUCCACCUUUGGAGCCAGACGCAAGAUGUUAUUGGCAAUCUCAGACUUGAACAAGAGCAAGAGGAGGCUCUCAGAUACACCCGCAGUGAAGCCUGGCUAUCUGGAAGGCGGCGCAAGUGGUCGUCUACCCCGAAUCAUGGAUCUGGAAGUUGCUGCUCAGAGUAAUCGCUGGUGAAAGGAAACACCGAGCAGCUCUGAGCUCCAUCUGACCGACGUGGAGCUAUUCAGCCUCUAAAAACGUAUACAGUGAUGCUGUUGCCAGUGCAGAGGUCUAAUCUGCUUGUUAUUUACCAUAAACGGAUAAGCAUGAGGUUGCCCUGAAGAGGAGCAAACAUUAUGUAAACAUUUGAAUCCAGUGCCUUUAUGUCACAGCCAUACCCCAAAGCGUUAAUACAAAAUCAAGACAAGGAGGUCUUCCUUUCCAAACCUCUGAUUCUAUGGGAAAAAAUCUGUAUGAAACACAAAGAAACGUGGGACCAUGUUGAUGUCUUUUGUCAUCUUAAAGUGCCUUCCUUAUGCAAACUAUCACUCCUAUGCUUCGAUCAUGUGUCCAUGUUAACCACUACAUUUAUGCAAUUGUAAAUAGAUAUUUACAAAAAAAAUUACAUUUUACAAUGAUGAUAGAGACAAUGAAUAAAAUGUUGCUAUUAAAGUUUUUCCAUCUA